AUGGCGGCGUACGAGAAGCGGCGGGCGGCCGCCGCCCCGGCCCCGGCGGCAGGCAGCGGCCCGGCGGAGCCGCUCGGCGCGGCGGCGGGCGGCGGGCCGGGGGGCGAGGCGGAGUUCCUGCUGCGGAGCGGCGUCACCGCCAUGGUGCGGGAGGCGCUGCUGAAGGUGCUGGAGGCGCGGCCCGAGGAGCCGGUCUCCUUCCUGGCCGACUACUUCGAGCGGCUGGUGUUGGGCGGCCCCGGGGCGGCCGAGGCGGCCGCGGAGCUCCCGGCGCCGCCGCAGCGCCUGGCCCGGGCGCUGUGGUACGUGCGCCUGGCCCACCACUCCCACAGGACGGCGUUCAACAACAACAUCAGCACGGCCUACGAGGUGCUGGGCGCCAGCGGGCGGCGGCGGCGGCCGGGCGUGGACGGGCGGCUGUACAGCGAGCUGCUACGGCGCAUCUGCCAGCUCGGGGCUGCGCCACAGGAGGUGGCGGCCGCGCUGCUGCGCAGGGUGCAGUGCCGGGACCACGAGGCCGUGCCCUUCGACGUCUUCCGCUACGGCGUGCUCACCUGCUUCGUGCUGCUGGAGUUCGUGGCCAAGGCGCACACCCUGUACGACGUCCUGGACGGCGGCACGGGCGCGGCGGACAAGAGGGUCUGCCAGGCCGUCCUGCGCACGCUGGAGGAGGCGUUGGGAGGCAGCGACUUCUCGGUGCCCGUGCGGUACCUGGAGGCGGGCUCCAAGCUGGGGCCGGACUGCUUGGCCUUGGCCAUGGACCGGGCGCUUCAGGAGAGGAAGCUGAGUGCCUCCAUGAGCAGGGACGAGUUCCUGAAGAAGGCCUCGGCCUUAUUUGUUGCAAAAGUGAAGCCUGUUGACUAACGUCCAGGUGGGAACAACACUCGCUGCUUCCAGUUCUAAUUCCCGAAGUGCUUUGGACAGAGCAGUUUAUGUUACGGAGGCUUCAGUCCCUGGAACCGAGCUGGGCAAUGAGGCACGGGUGGGCUUGUCGGGUACUGCCUGAUGAGCCCUGGGUCUGCUUGAUGAGAGACUGCUAAUUUCCAUGCUCCUUUCCUUGUUCUGAGCACUACAGGUGCCCACUCAGCUCUGGCACUUGAUGUUUCCAUGUCCGGAUGUGUCUCUCCUAGCUGUAGCCCCUCUAUUUCCUGCUGGCAUCAGAAAGUCUUUUUUUAGGCAUUAACUGGGAACUUGCGAGGAGGCCUGUAAACUGUAGGCCAGUGUUAGUCAUUAAAAAGGAGCCAGAAUGAACUGAAUGCGGGGCUGGAUCUCCAGAUAUCCCACAGUUUCAUGCUAGACCUGGCAGUUGUGUUUGUGCAGCUUCAGCAGGGAGCUUUGUCUCUGCUUUCGGGUUUGUUUGACCCCUACCUGUAAAGCGCGGGAUGAUGCUUCACUGCUUCGCGGGCUAUUGAGAGGAUUCACAGGUAAAUACUGGGUUGAUAGGACAUGUGAGAUAAAGAUUACUUGUUAAGAAAAAUGUUUUAAAUGCACAGAAGAUGAGAAGUGGUUGGCCUGGAGGAGCUGCUAGCCUGGGCUGGGCUCUGCCAGGAGCUGAGCUGCAAAGCUCCCGGUGGCGAGAAGCUGCUCUCGCUGCAUCCCUGCUCCGUGUUUACCGAACCGCCUCAGCUUCUGCAGUCCAGAGGCUGAAGAUGGAGGCUCGCACUUGGUGACUUUCCCUGCAGAGCGCUGCCGACCGGUGGCGGCCUGGCACUGAGCGACCCCCCUUCCCUGGGAGGUCCCUCGGCUGUUGAACAGACGCGCAUUGAGCCGUACGUUAUUUAUUGAACUUGCCUGUGUUAAUUAUUUAUACUGUGCAAUUAUCGGUUUACUGGAAGACAUUAAAGCUUUUUAUUAU